AUGUUUGUACGUGUACACAAAAAACACACUUUACAUUGCCGGUGGAAUUUGCAUCAUUCAGUGCACAGACAGAGUAGAAGCCACGGAUAAGGGGUGAACUUUUCCACUUUUUCAGGGCAAGAAACCGCCACGAAAAGCUCAGAAACAUGAGUUGUUUAAAGUGCUUGUUGUUUUGUGUUAUUGCUGUAUCACUCUCAAGGGCUGACGUUUUCUUUCAAGACCAAUUUGAUGGUGACUGGGAGGACAGAUGGGUGAACUCUGAACAUAGAGAUGGACUAGGAAAAUUCAAAUUGACGGCUGGAAAGUUUUUCAAUGAUGCUGAGAAAGACAAAGGUAUUCAGACCAGUCAAGAUGCCAAGUUCUACGCCCUGUCAGCAAAGUUUGACUCCUUCAGCAAUGAGGGCAAAGAUCUUGUAGUUCAGUUCUCUGUCAAGCACGAACAGAAGAUCGACUGCGGAGGAGGUUACGUCAAAAUAUUCCCUGGAGACUUGGACCAGAAGGACAUGCAUGGAGAUUCACCUUACAAUGUCAUGUUCGGACCUGAUAUCUGUGGUCCUGGCACUAAGAAAGUUCACGUCAUCUUCAGCUACAAGGGCAAAAAUCUGCUUAUCAAGAAAGAUAUUCGAUGCAAGGAUGAUGAAAUGACUCAUUUGUACACACUCAUUCUGCGUCCUGACAACACAUACGAAGUGCGCAUUGACAAUAAGAAGGUAGAGUCGGGCAACUUGGAGGACGACUGGGACUUCUUGCCACCUAAGAAGAUCAAGGACCCCGAAGCUAAGAAGCCAGAGGACUGGGACGAGAGAGAAAAGAUUGAUGAUCCUGAGGAAACUAAACCAGAGGAUUUCGAUAAGCCAGAGUUCAUCCCCGACCCUGAUGCAGAGAAGCCUGAGGAUUGGGACGAUGAGAUGGACGGCGAGUGGGAACCACCAAUGAUUAACAACCCAGAAUUCCAGGGAGAAUGGAAACCCAAACAGAUCGAUAACCCAGAGUACAAAGGUAAAUGGGUCCAUCCAGAAAUCGACAACCCAGAAUAUGAAGCUGACGAUGCUCUUUACCAAUAUGAAGACUUCGGUGUAAUAGGAUUUGAUUUAUGGCAGGUAAAAUCAGGCACCAUUUUUGACAACGUCCUUAUCACAGACGAUGUAACAUUAGCAGAAAAACAAGCGGAUGAGUUAUGGAAACCAACAAAGGAGGGUGAGAAGACGAUGAAAGACAAACAAGACGAAGAAGAGAAACAGAAGAGAGAGGAGGAAGAGAAAAAAAUGAAAGAUGAAGAAGAAGAUGAAGACGAAGAAGACGAAUUCAAAAUGAACGCAGACGAUCUUGAAGGAUUCGAAGAAGGAGAUCUAGCGGAGGAAUUUGAAGGAGAGGAGGAAGAUGAAGAAAUGCUUCAUAAAGAUGAAUUGUAAAACGAUGCUUAUGGGGAGGUUGGGGAUUUUUUUUUCAAUUUACUUUUUUUUCAGAGAGAGGGAGUGGAAAAACAAUUUAUAUAGUUUAGUUUGUAAAAUAAUAACUUAUGCUGCAAUAUGUUUGAGCUAUUAAAACUUUUGCGAGUUGCGGCUUGCAGUUUUUAUUUUUUUGUUUCGUAAAUUUUUUGGUGGAUUUUCACUUUUGGGGGUGAAUUUCCAGCGAAGAAGCCUUAAUGGCUGAUAAAAGUUUGUGGAUAUCUCGAACACGUUGCAGUUUGGUGUUUUAUGGGAUGUUUAGGGUGUUGUACUGACCCGACAGGAUCCGCAACCCCUGUUGGAGUUUACAACUGUACAGUACAAAUUCAUUGUAUACUUGUUUAUUUCGUAUGGUGGUACUGUGAUGAUUAUUUGAGCAAAAUAACCAUAAACUUCCUGCACUACCUUCAUGGAUAUUUUUUUGUUCCUCAGCAAGCAUCUCUGUCUUGUGCCCAAAACAAAUUAAUUGACUGUGUUUGUGGUCAGUGGCAGUGUUGAAAAUUGGUCAAUCAGUCAUUGAUCUAGUUAAAAGAUUAAAGCGACAAUCUAUUACUGCCAUUACUUUGUGAUAGGCACCUCCCACACUUUGCACUCGGCCUCCUGCCCUCAUCUUUUUUAAAUUUUGCAUUCUUUAAGCCACUAUGACCGUGAUGGGUGCCAGUGUAAUGUGUAAUGAAAUCUGCUUACAAAGUGUAUGCAAGUUUGAUUUGUAAAAGUUAAAUAUUCAAAGCUUUUUCAUAGCCAUCUUUCCCAACUACACAUCGUUGUUACAUGUAUGUAUUUUUAGAGUUGAUCUUUGACCUUAAGUUUAAUUUAUUACACUUCGAUGUAUUGAUAUAUUUUAUUCAGUGACACAUUUGUGAACAAAAUAACCAAACCAAUCUCUUUUGAAAAGUGUUUGAUAUCUUUUAACCGCUCGAUUGGAAGAGUUCAAAACUCUCACUUUUACUCUCUAACAUUGGUUUUGUACAAAAAUAGCCAAAUACAUUAACACUUUGAUUGCUCAAAUGUCGUCUCUCAGGCCCAUCUAUUCCGUUGUGUCCCUUAAUGCAUGCAUAUGCAUGUCAUUACGCUUUAUACAGGGAAAGUAUUUUCAAUUUUUGACCAACAGAGGGCAGCAGACUGAGAAUAUCUUAUGACAAUCAGUCAAAGUGUUAAUUGAUGAAAAGAACAAAAAUAAUUGUUUGAUGUAUCGGAGAUGAGUAUUUUGUGGCAACUUGUUUUAUUUUUUACCUUUAUGUAAUAGUGAUGAAGAUUUUUUUAUUUUUGAAUGUUGCUAACACUUUUUGGGAUCAAGUGUUUGAAAAGGUUGGAUUGGGAAGUACUUUAGGAAUUGUAUAAUGAAGAUGGUUCUAUAUCAGUCUGAACCAAUCCAAACCCUCUCAACUCAACUAAGUUUGCCUGAAUUUAUUGGAUUCAGUUCUGCAAGUCUAAACCAAGUUGUAUGGGUCAUGGCUUUAUUCAAAUUUCUUGGAGCUCAACAUUGUCAGUGAUGAUGAACCAUAUGCUGAGGAAUUUACACGAAUAUUUGAAAGUUGUGACCAAUUAUCCAAUGGUGCAUGAGAGUCGAUUAUGUUGUGACCUAGUCUUGGUGCAAGACGUUGUUAUUCAUUAUUACUCAACUGUCGUGAUCCUCGUUGCGCAGUGUAUGUACAGGUACAUAAGGCUAUUUGACCAACUCAACAGGAGCGUCUUGCACCAAGACUAGUUGUGACUAUAAGCAGCCUCUCAAACGUUAAAAACUGUUAUCUUUGGAUUGUCCUGGUAGUAAUAUAGUGGUUUUCUUGUUUCCAUCUAUGUACUUUUAGUCAUUAUUAUAUAGAUUUGAGAUACAUGCAUUAUGCUAUGAGAGGCUCUCAAAUAAAAUGAUCACCCACCAUGUCACAAGUAAA